UCUCAGAGAGAGAGAGAGAGAGACGGGUCUCUGUCAGGCUAUGACCAGCAGCCCUCCAUGAUGCUAGAUGGGCAGCAGCAGCAGCAAUAGAUGCCCUAUGAUCACAUUGGCGUGUGCUGCCGUGCUCCAUUUCCGUUUCCAGCCCCGUGGAAUCUCCCCCAACCCCCUGCUGCUGCUGCCCUCCUCCUUGCCAAGCUUAGCUCGUCCUUCUCCACUAGCGACCACCAGCUAGCUCACUGCUCAUCUUGCCAGUAACCAGUUCUGCUGCUUAGUUCACUAGAGGCGGCGAAGAACUUGAGUCGCGCACGCCAAUCGCUCGCUUGCCUCUCAUCCUCCUCUAGCUGCUGCUGCGUUGCUGCUUUCUUUGGGCGAGCUGUUGGUGGUUUUUGUUUUGACAUAGAACACAUAGCAGAGGAUAAAAGAAACCAAGAUCUCUUCAGGACUUGUGUUGUUGUCUGACCCUGUUGGUUCUGAAGCAACUAAGGGCUUGGUAUCUUGGAGAGAGGAGGAACGAGAGAUGGGAGAGGCGGCAGAGAGCAAGAAGAGCAAAGGUGGCCGCUCAACUCUUCACAACUGGAUGGGCGAGCCAAGCGGCCAGGACGAUGAGGAGAAGACGCUCGAGCUCAGUCUUGGGCUCCCCAGUGGAGGAGGGGCGGCCGGCUGGAGAGCGGCGUGCAAAGACAAGGGGAAGCACUCGGCUGUCGACAGCUCCAUGCUCUCUCUCGGCUACCCCGCUGCACCUUUCUCUGCUCACGCACAAGGCAAGGCGAAGCGGUCCCCAGCAGCAGCUACAGGGAAUGCCCUUGCAUCUACCAAUAAUGGCUCCCAGACAAGAUCUCCUAGUACCCCAGUUAUCGGAUGGCCUCCAGUUCGUACGUUCAGAAGAAAUCUGGCUACUUCUAGCAAAGUAUCCCUUGAACAGCAGAAUGAGAAGAAGGCUGCCAAGCCUGAAGAGACCAAAAGUGCUCCAUUUGUAAAGAUUAACAUGGAUGGUAUCCCUAUUGGUAGAAAAAUCGAUCUGAAUGCCCUUGAUAGUUACGAGAAGCUUUCUCUGGCUGUCGACAAGCUAUUCCGGGGCCUUCUUGCAGCACAACAAGACCUUCUAGAUGCCGGGACAAAGGAGUGUCCUCAGGUGGCAAUAUCUGGUUUACUAGAUGGAACUGGCGACUACACUCUGGUUUAUGAGGAUUAUGAAGGCGAUAGGGUGCUGGUUGGAGAUGUUCCGUGGGGGAUGUUUGUUUCUUCAGUGAAGAGGCUGCGGGUUCUGAAGACAUCUGAUCUCUCUUCAUCGCUAACAGCAUCAGGCCGGAAAAGAACAGAAGCUGAGUGCUGAGAGUGGCGACCGUGCGUAAGAGGCGCUUAGACAUUUCCUGUAAUGUGCCGUGAAGAAGAAAAGAUCUUCUGAGCUUGUAUCAUCUUUCUUUCUUCCUUUUGCCUAAUUUCUUGGAAGGGCCCGGCGCGCCGACCUUUUGGGUUUUCCUGUUCUUAUUUGUCGUGUUCAUCUCUAUGGCGCGUCAGUGCAAUUUGACAUUACCGUCUGUAAAUGUUCAGACAAAUCAGCUCUACGUUUAUGCAGACUGUUCUGUUUGUUGUCUGUAA